CAUAUCUAAUAAUAUGUAUCGAUUGGCAAAAAUGGAAAGAUAGAACAUUGAAAGAAUUAAUAAGAGUGACAAGGCCUGGAGGGUAUAUCGAAAUCAUGGAUCUGGAUGCUGAAAUAGUUCAACCAGGACCUAUUGGUCGGAUGUUUGAACAUUUUCGAUUUAAAAAUGUCGAGACUUCUGGAAUCAAUACCGCAUCUAGCGCAGAUAUGGUGAAAACAUUUAGUGAACUCAAGGACGCCGUUGUCGUUGAAAAAUUUGAACACAAAAUACGCCCUUACGGACGCUGGGCAGGGAAAUUGGGGGAGGUGGCAUUGAAGAAUUACAUAGAAUUACUCGAGCCAAUGGGCGUCUUUUACUGUCCUCUCUUUAAAAUUACAGAGGCCGAGUACAAGCAGAUGAUAGUUGACUACGCCGAGGAACUAAAUACAUACCAGUCAUAUAUGAGAGAAUAUCGGGUUGUUAUAAGAAAGCUUGAUAAAGAGUCUACGACA